AUGGGCGAAGCGCAGCCGCUGCUCGGGCCAUCGCCGCUCAGUGAUGGGCCGCCGGCGCCGAGAGGCUGCCUCUCGUCGAUGCUCUUUACGUGGAUGAACCCGCUCCUCGAGCUCGGCAACGAGCGCCCGCUCGAGAUGGACGACCUCUACCAGCUGGCGCCAUCGCUCCGCGCCGACGUAGCAUCGGCGCGCUUCCAAGCUUGCUGGGACACCGAGCGGCAGCGACCGCAUCCGAGCCUCGCCCGCGCGCUCGCCCGCGCAUUUGGCCGGCGAUUCGUUGCCGCGGGCGUUCUCCGGCUCCUCCGCGACGUCCUCCAGUUUGUCGGGCCGCUCGUGAUCCACCGCGUGAUCGCGUACCUCUGCGACCCGUUGGCGCCCGAGUCGGACGGUCUUCUCUGCGUCGCCGCGAUCUUUAUCGCGGGCAACCUCCAAGCGUUCUGCUUCCGCAACUACAUGUACUACGUCUUCGAGACGGGUCUCCUCGUGCGUAGCGCGGUCGUCGCCGCCGUGUACCAGAAAGCGCUUCGCCUCUCGUCGUCGUCGUUGCGGUCGUCGGGCGAGAUCACGAACCUCGUAGCUAUCGAUGCGACGCGGCUCCAGGACCUGCUCUCGGACCUGCACGCGAUCUGGUAUGGCCCGUGUCUCAUCGCCGCGGCUUGCACGCUGCUCUACUACCAGGUCGGGCCCGCGUGUUUUGGCGCGCUCGGCGUGAUAGUGCUUUCGAUCCCGCUCUCGCUGCUCAUCUCGCGGCGCAUGCGACGCUUGCAAAAGGCGCUCAUGGCCGUCAAGGACGACCGCAUUAAAGUCUGCUACGAGGUGCUGACCGGCAUCAAAGUCAUCAAGCUCCAAACAUGGGAGCACGAAUUCGUCAAGCGCGUCCAGAGCUUCCGCGACGACGAGCUCCAGAAGCUCAAGGCGUACAUUCUCACGCGCGCGUCGUCCAACUCGAUCUUCAACGGCGUCCCGGCGCUCAUCACCGUCGCGCUAUUCGCUACGUACGUUCUUGGUUACCACGAAGUCCUCAACGUGCAGACGUCGAUCACAUGCCUCGCACUGCUGGCGAUCAUGCGGUACCCGCUCUUUGUGCUGCCGAGCGUCGUCAACGCAAUCGUCGAGGCGUCCGUGAGCCUCACGCGCCUCGAAGCGUGUCUUCUCGACGCCGAGCGGAUGCCCGUUGGCAGCGGCGACUUGACGCGUACUGGCAUAUCGCUUGUCGACGCGACGUUUGGGUGGACCGCGCCGGCGCUGGGACCGCUCACGCUCACGAUGCACGACCGAGGGCUCGUGGCCGUGGUCGGGCCCGUCGGUAGUGGCAAGUCGACGCUCCUCUCAGGCUUGCUUGGCGACGCGGCGUGCCUCUCCGGCACUAUCGCCGUGCGCGGCGGCAUCGCGUACGUCGCCCAGCAGCCGUUCAUCCAAAAUGCCACGGUCCGCGACAACAUCUGUUUCGGGCUACCGUACGAGUUUGGCCGGUACAUGGCCGCGAUCCGCGUCGCGUGCCUGGACGACGACCUCCGCGCGCUGCCGGGACACGACCUCACCGAGAUUGGCGAGAAAGGCAUCAACCUCAGCGGCGGUCAACGGACGCGGGUCGCCCUCGCGCGCGCCGUGUACCAAGACGCCGACGUCUACCUCCUCGACGACGUCCUCGCCGCCGUCGACGCCCACGUCGGGGCAACGAUCUUUGAAUCGUGCAUCCGCGGCACGCUCAGCAACAAGCUCGUCGUGCUGGUGACCAACGCGCUCCAGUUUCUUCCGUCGUGCGACCGCAUCGUGGUGCUAAAUGCUGGUCAGGUGGCCCAAGUCGGUGCGUACGACGCGCUGCUCGCCGCACCAGAGAGCGCGCUCGAGGCGUUAGUGUCGAGUUAUACUCCGCCGCCCGUGCAGGACGCAUCGACGGACGAUGUGAUUUCGGACGACGAGUUUGGGACGACGCCGGGGCACCAGUUGCAGCGCGUGCCAUCGAGCGACGUGGCGGAGAAGGCCCGGCACCUCAUGGUCGACGAGGACCGGUCCACGGGCGACGUCGCCUGGCGCGUCUACUGUGUCUGGGUGCGCGCGUGCGGCGGCUUUUGCGUCCUUGGCAGCAUCCUCUGCGUCUUCUUUCUUGCCCAAGGCACGAACGUGCUUGCGACGUUCUGGCUGCAAGCGUGGGCGGCCAACGACGCCGUAUCGUCCGAGCCUGACCGCCGUGUGUACCUCUACGUCUUUGUGGGGCUCAACCUCGGCUACGUCGCAUUCAUCUUCCUCCGCGUACUGCUCUUGUACCUCGCGGGUCUCCGAGGCAGUAGCGCGCUCUUCGCCUCGAUGCUCUAUCAAGUGCUUCGCGCCCCGAUGGCGUUCUUCGAUACGACACCACUUGGACGCAUUGUGAACCGGCUCUCAAAGGACGUGUAUGCCGCCGACGAAGACAUUCCGGCGACCGUCGGCAACGUUCUCAUCACGCUCUGCAGCGUCGCUGCGACGCUGGCGACGAUCGUGUACGUCACGCCGGCGUUCGCGCUUGGCCUGCUGCCCCUUGGCGUCGGCUAUAUUGCGUCCCAGCGCUACUUUAUCAAGACGUCGCGGGAGCUGCAGCGCCUCGAGUCCAUCUCACGCUCGCCGCUCUACGCGCUCAUGGCCGAGACGCUCGACGGCCUCCCGACGAUCCGAGCGUACGGUGUCCAGUCGACGUUCGUGCGGCGCAUGGCGCAUUUGCUGGACCGUAACCAGCGGGCGUACUACCUUAAUUUUUCAGCCAACUGCUGGCUCGGGCUCCGGCUCGAGUUCGCUGGCUCGAUGAUCGCGUCGAUCGCAACGCUCUGCGCUGUGGCCGCGCACUCGCCGACGUCCACCUCGUUUGCCGGGCCCGCCGGCGUUGCGCUCUCGUAUGCCUUUAGCGUCACGCCGUCGCUCAACAUGUCGGUGCGCUAUUUGAGCCAGCUCCAGACGCAAAUGGUGUCGAUCGAGCGCCUGCAUGCGUAUGCGACGAUGCCGACCGAGCCACCGCUACGUCUACCGUCGUCGUCGCCGACAACGUCGACACGUGGCGAGAUUGUCUUUGAGAAAGUGGACCUGCGCUACCGGCCCGGCUUGCCCCGCGUGCUCCGCCAGCUCUCGGCGAGAAUCCGUCCGAAAGAAAAGGUCGGUGUCGUCGGGCGCACGGGCGCCGGCAAGUCGAGUCUCGUCGUCGCCCUCAUGCGGCUCGUCGACAUCCAAGGCGGCGCCAUCUACAUCGACGGCGUCAACACUGCGAGUCUGGGUCUCCACGACCUGCGGUCGCAAAUUUCCAUCAUUCCGCAAGACCCCGUGCUCUUCUCGGGCACGAUUCGCUUCAACUUGGAUCCAUUUCAGCACCACGAGGAUACCGCGGUGUGGGCAGCCAUCAAGCGCGCCCAGCUGGCCAGCGUCACGUGCCUCGACGCCCGCGUGGACGAACGCGGGUGUAACUUUAGUGUGGGCGAGCGUCAACUGCUCUGCAUUGCGCGGGCGCUCCUCAAGCAGUCGCGCAUCAUCUUGAUGGACGAAGCGACUGCGUCGAUCGAUCCCAGCACGGACAGAAGCAUCCAGUUUGCGAUCCGCGACGUCUUUCUCGACUGCACGUGCCUUACGAUCGCCCACCGGCUCAACACGAUCAUGGACGCAGAUCGAAUUUUGGUGCUGGACCGCGGCGCGGCCGUCGAGUUUGACACGCCGUCGUCACUGCUCAAGAUCAAGCAUGGCAUCUUUGCCUCUCUCGUUGCGAAAGCAUCGCGCUAG